CCAGCUAGGUCACUGUCAGCGCCGCGGGCACUCGCUCUCACGGCCAGCAUGUGGCAGCUGCUGCCGCCCGCGGUCCUGCUGCUUCUGGCGUCAGCCAGCACCGGAGCUGAAGGUGUCCAGAAGGCUGUGGUGUCCCUGCAUCCGGAAUGGGACAGGCUGCUCGAGAGCGACAAUGUGACUCUGAGGUGCCAGGGGGCCCAGGCCGAGGGGAACAGUUCCACACGGUGGUGGCACAAUGGUCACCUCCUGCCAAACCGGACCUCCAGCUACUUCAUCGAAUCAGCCAGCGUGAACGACAGCGGGGAGUACAUGUGCCAGACCAGCCUCUCCAAUCUCAGCGACCCGGUGCAGCUCCAAGUCCGUGCCGCCUGGCUGCUGCUGCAGGCCCCGCGGUGGAAGCUGCGGGAGGGGGACCCCCUGGUGCUGCGGUGCCACAGCUGGAAGAACAAGCGCGUGGGCAACGUCCAGUACUUCCAGGACGGCAGAGGCCGGCAGUUCUCCUACAACAACUCCGCCUUCCACGUCCCCAGGGCGUCCCGCAAGCACAACGGCUCCUACUUCUGCCGGGGCCUCAUCGGGAAGCUGAACGUGUCCUCCGAGGCGGUGGUCGUCCUGGUGGAAGCGCUGGCCACCUCACGCGUCUCCCCAGGGCACCUCGUCCUGCUCUGCCUGCUGCCGGGACUCCUAUUUGCCGUGGACACGGGGCUGUACUUCUCUGUGCGGAGAGGCCUCCGGAGCUUAUUGAGGAACAGGGCAAAUGACAACGUCACUUGGAGCAAGAGCCUCCAAGACAGGCGCAAGCGAAGCUUCCUGGCAAGUCAGUUAACCGACAGCAAAGUCCUGGCGCCACAUCUCCGAACACUCGCGGUCGAGGCGGCCUGGGAACUCGAGGACGGUCCCGCCCGCGCUCCCCUGUGGGAUCCCGAGGCUCAGGAAGGGGGCGUCGAGGAUGGAGGGACAGGGGUCUUUGGGGAGCCAAGGCGUCUCCAGCCCCAAAGGACCCACCAGGCUUGCAGCCAGGGAGCCAUGGGCAGCGGCAGCUCGCCCCGGGCUCACCCCGGACCUGACUCCAAGCCCCUGGGCUCUGACUUCCCCGAGAGCGAGGGCCCGGCCUGGCUCUCCCGUUGCCUCUGGAUGAGUCACGAAGACUCCACAACCGCUGACACGAUGCGGUGA